AAGGAAUUAUAUCUUGCUAUCAGAUUCCUAGUUGUGUCCGCUCUUCCUUCCGGCGAUGGACGGCCACCAAGCCCCUCGCAAGGGCGACGACGCCGACGACGAUCGCUGGAGUGACGCCCUCGAUUGCAUCCCCUCUCCUCUCUCUCCCGCCUCACCUGCGGCACCUGCCGCUGCCCUCGCCUCCCUUCCGGCCCCUGUGGAACCAGGCGAGCCGGACGACGCGGAACGGCUCGCGACCAAGCCUGACCUCCCUGACCCUUCCUCUCUCCAAACACCCGACGUAAUGGCGCCCGCCGUGGCGUUGGCCGCUGCCGACGAGCUUCCGCCGUCCUCUACCUCCACCUCCUCAGACGACGACGAUGACGCCUCCGCCCGGAAGAAGCAGCGGCCUCUGUCCUCCUUCGUCUCCCUAUCCUCCUCCUCUGCCGCCGCCGUGCCGCUCCCGCCGCCGCCUCCUCCCGCCGCCACCACCGCCGCGAAGAAGCCUAAGAAGAAGAGCAACAAUGUCUGGUCGAAAUCCACCUCGCGGAAGGGAAAGAAAAAGGGGAAAUCGGGCAACAACCACCACGCCGCCUCCGUGGAGGACACUGUCCUCAUGACCCCGGUUCCCCGGUUCCCGGACAAGACCGACGACACCCCUGAGGCGAAGAUAUGCCUGUCGAGGGUGUAUAAGGCGGAGAAGGUGGAGCUCAGCGAUGACCGGUUGUCGGCCGGCAGCACCAAAGGGUACCGCAUGGUCCGGGCCACCAGAGGGGUGCAGGAGGGUGCGUGGUACUUCGAGAUCAAGGUGGUGAGGCUGGGUGAGACGGGGCACACAAGGCUCGGGUGGACGACGGAGAAAGGGGACCUCCAGGCACCGGUGGGGUAUGACGGGAAUAGCUUCGGUUAUAGGGACAUUGAUGGCACUAAGAUACACAAGGCACUGAGGGAGAAGUAUGGGGAAGAGGGGUAUACUGAAGGGGAUGUCAUUGGGUUCUACAUUAAUAUUCCAGAUGGAGCUUCGUAUGCACCGAAGCCUCCUCACUUGAUCUGGUACAAGGGGCAGAGGUACGUGUAUUCGGUUGAUGGGAAAGAUGACCCUCCAAAAGUUGUGCCAGGGAGUGAAAUAUCAUUCUUCAAGAAUGGAGUAUGCCAAGGUGUUGCUUUUACCGAUCUUUUUGGAGGCCGAUAUUAUCCUGCUGCCUCAAUGUACACGCUUCCUAACCAGCCAAACUGUGAAGUGCGAUUCAAUUUUGGGCCUGAUUUCGAGUAUUUUCCUCAAGAUUUCGGUUGCCGUCAAAUUCCCUGUCCUAUGAGCGAAGUUCCAUAUCAUGGAUUUGAUGGCAAGGUUGAAGGUCCUGCAGAAAAUGGCUUCUCAGAAAAAACAAGUUAACCAAAUUUUUUCGUCAAUUUAACCUUUUAUGAACACGGUGGGACAUUGUAGUAUGUAGUCCGUCAGUUUCACUAAUUGCUGAGGUUUAGACCUGCAUAUGAUCCUUCUGCUAAUUAUCUAUUCUUGUGUUGCCUCUGGUGCUGUGUUCAUGUGUGCUAAAAAAUCUUAUACCUGUACUCAGACAAAUGAGCCAAACCUGUCAUUGUUUGACAUUAAUACAAGUGGUCAACUCUGUGCUAUUGCAAUUAAAAA